AUGUCGGGCUCGCAAACUAUCAACGUGCCGACUCGGUGUUUGAGGCAGACAAUCUACAAGAAGUUCGUCCCACUGCAGCCUAGAAGACGAUCAACUGCGACCGAAACGUUACACAAAUAUGCGAAUAAUGUAGCCAAGAGCGCUACUCUUGGCAACUCAUCAGAUCCACACUCUAAUGUAUCUGACGAACCUUUCAAGCAGCCAAGGGAUGGUAAGGUUUUACUGCAAGAGGACUUGGGUUUAGAACAAACAGCAAACCAGACGGGUACGAGUGAAAACUAUAACGAGCAGUUAAGCAGGGUGCCGAGAAGUGGUAUAGACGAAGCCUUGCCAAAUCAUGCUAAUAGCAACUGUGUGAAUAAUGAGGGAAGUUUGGUACAGGUAGUUCGUUCAGCACCUGCAAUAGACUACCACAGCGUGACGGCCAGAAACGGGACACCACGAGUGGACGAGAGGGACCAGGCCAGUGGAUUUGUGUUUGACAGUUCUGUACCGGCUGCAAACGGUAUUGCGCGUGACCAAGGAGGUAUCGAUAAUUUGAGGCGUACCGCCAUCAUUGCGCGGAGCCUGAGCAAUUGCACAAACAUUCUGGCUUCUCCACAUGACUCCGAAUGCACAGUACCCAGCGGAGCAUCCCUCAUAUCGUCGGCACUACCAAGGGACACUUCUGCGGAAUGUGGUGAACUAAAUAUGGAUACUUACACAAAUGCUACGUCAAAUGUCGAAAAUUCGGAAUCAAGCUCCAAUGACGGGUUGGAAAACGGUUCAGUCGAUUGUGUGGUGCAGUCUGUAUCUGUCCCGGCGAGUAAUACGCCAGUGCAGAUAGAUGACUAUGCGAGUACGGAGAUCAUUGUACCACAAGUGGUCAAGGAUGAUAUAGAAACUCCCUGGUUAUCCCACGAGAAAUCUGCUGGCGUGUCCUCCACUCGAACGCUAUCGAAAGGCGCUGGAUCUGGUGCAGUCAGCAAUUGUGUAUCGGAUGCUUUCGGCAAGCGAGCGUCGAGUAUCAACACGCUUCGUAAGGAGCGUGUAUGUGUGCAUGACGAACUGUUAGUAAAAAAUUGCACGGGCGGAGAAGCUGCUGAACAUCCGCCAAGAGGCUCUCACGCUAUUUUACAGCCAGGCCAAGAGCCGCAAACACAGGCGCACUCCGUUAAGUUUAUAUGCUCAGUGGGAUGUAUACCUACACAUGACAAAUCGGUGGUGCCGGAUCUCACGCAACCCUCAACACCACAGUCGUUGAGCAAUGUCAGUGGUGAUGAUAGCAUUGGCGAAGAAGUAAUUACGCACUCUGACUCGAUGAUAGCGAGUAAUAGUAGAAAGCAGCUCACACCGAUGGCUUCAAAUAGUGAACGCAAUACUCAACAUGCAAAGGAUCAUACACCCGAGCGCAAUGAGAUGCUUGAGUGCAACCGCUCGUCUUUGACUCCUGACAGUCCAAGUACAAUACAAGCCUCUUCAAUUAUCACGAAUCUAGGAGCACGCACAAUUUCUAAGUUGGAAAGAUUCAGGUAUCACGCGCAGCCCUCCGGUGAUACACAAAGUGAGCUACCGAGUGCGAAUGGUAGUGCGGAAUGCACUCGUGGGGGCGAGUCUUUAUUCCGCCGUAUUGGUAGCAUUGAGAGAGGAGAUGAGUGCACUGACGUUAACGACGGGUUAUUCGAACAAACGUUUAACAAUAUGGAUGCCAUGGAAGAUAGUGUACUUUCUGGCAUGUUGAAUGGUGUAUCCGUAGUAGUCGACCAGUCGGUACCAUCUGAGGUGGCUACCAGUCAUAAGGACUCGACUAGCGUACAGGGGCAUUUGACAGCACCACAUCUACUGGCAGACGCAGAGACCACCACCACUUUGUACGAGGAGCUAUGUACCUAUUUGAUUAGCAAUAUCAAUGAGGCCGCAUUGUUGCAAGAUUUGUCUGAACAAUGCUACGCGCAUGUGCAGAGGGUUGGCGCUGCGAAUAGUGAGCUGCACAUUGUGCCCAUAUCUCUGAGUCUCGAUCUGGUAGAUUUUUCUAGCAAUGCUCCAGAUGCAUGCCGGAGCCUGUUGCAGAAUCCUCACGAGUUUCGGAGUACUCUUAGCGCGGUGUUCGCGAGCCUUGUAGGCACACGCUCGAUGCUGAGCGGUCCUAUGUAUGGUCAACGCCUGCUACUGUCUAUGCAACUACAUCAUUUUGGCGGUGUUGUGCGGCAGCUGGAAAAGAAAGGGAGAUACAAUUCAGGCAGACAUGCAUACGAGAGAAGAGGGCUUGUGCGCAUAUUUGGCAUCAUAUUCGACAUCUCAGAGAACAUUCCCUACACACGUUCGAUGCGGUUGGUAUGCGAGGUGGACACGUGUAAGGCAGUUGUUGUGGUUAGUUGCUAUCCUUCGCAUUUAGUGUGCAAGGUCUGCUCAGGCACACUGAUUGAAGAUGAGCGAUACCGAGUGUAUGGCACUCAGCGUUUGAUAGGAUUGGUGGACGCAACACACCUGCGCAUAGCACCAUACAAUCGGGAGUCAAGCAUUGUCAACUGCCGCACAGAGCUACUAGUGCGAGAAGGUGCACUCGAAGUCGCGCAUAUAGGCGCAUGUGUGGAGGUCGUUGCAUCGCUGACUAAGGAUAUGCCGCCGUACCAGAAGAAAGGUUUCAACACGCUACCCGUGGUGUACAUGGUUUGGAAUGAUUUCCCUCCACCGAACAAGGUUCGUGUGCAGAAUUAA